CUCCUCAAAAUCAAAUACGCGGCCUACGCUCCUAGGAAAGCAGUAAAAGCGGUUUUGCAAAAGCAGCGCGACCCUCCAUGGCGAGGCCUGAUCAGCGAGCGAACAUUUUUUCGUAGACCACUAGAAAUCUUAUAUCCCUCAUCUCAGCAGCAGUGGUGCGCGGUCAUGGCUCAGCCAGCGGAUAGUACGGCCGACGCGCUGAUUUCUUUCGGGAAUUUGGACGCGGUCGUGAAGAACAUUAUGGGAAAGUUCGCGGCACUGGAAAGUGUGGUGGAGAAGGUCCAGGUGCAGCAGAAGGACCAGGGCCGGCGUCUGGACCGGGAGUGCGUCCUAUCUCACAGAAAAACGCUAACAGGGCAUAUAGUUAUUGGUAAUGCAAAAAAAACUUCUACACUCGAUAAGCGAUAGAUACUUGCGUGAAAAAAUCUGUCUUUUACAAUCUAAGCGCCACGCUUGGGGCCUGCCCAUGACCACAGACUUUUCUUUUGCUUGUGCCUUACAUUGCUAGCUUUCUCGGGGAUACGUCCAGGAGCGAAAGCAGUUAGAGAAGCGGGUCACGGCCGUGGAGCAGCACGGUCAGCAGUUGACCGCCGUAUCCGAGCACCGACACCGCGACCUGGAGCGGCU